AAUGCUUUUCAAGCUAAAAAAUUCCACGGCCGUGAUCCGCGUCUCCGGUUGUCAGCACACCCAAAUCUUCAUCUUCUACCUUCUUCUCCUGUGUAGGCUAAAGCUCCAUUACAGUAUCACACUACUCCUUUAAGAUUUUUAAAGGAAAAUAUAAGUUUCCUGUGAAAAACCAAGCGUCUUCGUUUAUGGCCAUGAACCAAGCGGCGGUGGUCAAGGUGGCUCUGGGGAUCGUGGGUCUUUGCUUGGCGGGCUACAUACUGGGUCCGCCUCUCUAUUGGCACUUCAAGGAGGCUUUAGCUGCCGUCAGCCACUCUUCCUUCACUUGCUCUCCUUGUGAUUGUGAUUGCUCUUUUCAGCCUCUUCUCUCCAUUCCUCAAGGAUUGAGAAAUGCUUCCUUUGCUGAUUGUGCAAAGCAUGAUCCAGAGGUGAGUAAGGAUAUAGAAAAGAACUUUGCAGAGCUACUGACAGAGGAACUGAAGCUACGGGAAGCUGAAGCUUUAGAGAAUCAGCGGCAUGCUGACAUGGCUCUGCUUGAGGCUAAGAAGAUGACAUCCCAGUAUCAAAAGGAAGCAGACAAAUGCAAUUCAGGGAUGGAAACCUGUGAAGAAGCUAGGGAGAAAGCUGAGACUGCAUUAGCUGCACAAAAGAAAAUGACAUCAAUGUGGGAGUCAAGAGCUCGUCAGAGAGGAUGGAAAGAAGGGACUGCCAGGUCUCAUGCUCAGUCUCAGGGAAAUGUGGAGUCCAUGUAGUAUACUAAUUACGUGCCAUACAAAAAUGUAAUGACGCGGCUAUGGUUCUACACAAUGGUAGUUAUGAUGAAAGCUCACAGAUAUCCUAACGAAGUCAGCAUCAUAUAAAUCUGAUUUACCUCUCAAUUUAGCAUUGAAGAUAAGACACUUUGCUGUUAGAUGCCUUCUGAAGAACUGUGUUACAAGGCCAAAUUUUCUGUGAUUUGCUACAAAUUUUUACAGAUGUUCCUCGUGUAAACUCUGGAAAUAGAAAGUGAUUUAUUUUAGUCAGAACAAACA